AUGGGAUUCAGAGAUAUCGGUUUAUUUAACCAGGCAAUGUUGGCAAAACAGGCGUGGCGAAUUCUGCAGAAUGGAUCCACUUUGUUAGCUCGAUCUCUCAAAGCAAGAUAUUUCCCUCGAGCGGACAUCCUCCUUGCUAGUAAAGCCCAUAAUCCAUCUUUUGUAUGGAAAAGCUUACUAGUUGGACGUGAUCUCCUUGUUGAAGGAAUUGCUUGGCGAAUGGGGGAUGGUUCUAGAAUUCGUAUUGGGUUGGAUGCUUGGUUGCCGGAUGGUUUUGGCAAAUUUCAGACUGCUCGAGUUCAUGACAGAUGGGCGAACUAUAGGGUGGCUGACCUUCUGUUGGAUAAUCAGCCAAGUUGGGAUAUGUCAAAGUUGGCUAACAUCCUCCCCGGGGAAGAUUUAUGGAAGUUCACUGAUAAUCUAUCUGUUAACCCCUCUAUUCCGGAUAGACCUUUUUGGCCUAGUGGAAGGAGCAACAUGUACUCUGUGAAAUUUGGAUAUCUCUUGGCUUGUUCUCUUAGAAACCGGAAUCUUGCUUCGACUUCAAUCGACAAUACUAGUUUAUGGAACUGGGUUUGGGCACUAGAGGUUAUACCAAAGGUUAAAUUUUUCCUUUGGAAAAGUUUGGUUGGGGCUCUUCCUACGUCGGGCGCUCUCCUCGAUCGAUCUAUUUCUGUUGAUCCAAUAUAUCGCCGUUGCGGAGAAGACAUGGAAACUACUGAGCAUGCUCUUCGUGAUUGUCCAUGGGUCGCUUUUCUUUGGGAGACGUCUCCUCUUCGUCUUCCUCCGCUGAACUCGACGGAAUUCUGUUCCAUAAAAGAGUGGAUUGAUCGAAUUAGGCUGGUGCCGAACAAAGAAGUUCAUCAAACUUUUGCUAAUCUGGCUUGGACUAUUUGGUAUUCUCGCAACUUGUUGCUUUUUCAAGACAAAUCUCUUACUCACUUCGACUGCUUCAAGAUCUCACAACGUGCGAUUUGGAUGAACCAGUUAGCUCCCCCGAAAUGGGUCCCAAACCUGCCCAGAUUUUCUGUAGCCGAAAUACUCAGGAGUGGCUUUCUCGCAGGUGCUUUCACGGUGGAGGAGGGGGAGGCUCGGGCUAUCCUGGAGGGACUUCGUCUUUGCGCUGAAAAGGGGUUUACCAAAGCUAUUCUGGAGACUGAUUGCCAACUUCUUUAUUGGCGCCUUUGCAAACGGGAGGAUGACUUUUCUUAUUUAGGCAAUACCCUCAGACAGAUCUAUACUCUGAUGGAUUCUUUCGUACAGAUUCAGUUCAGCUGGGCGCCUAGGAGUGAAAAUUCUUUUGCCGAUAGUCUUGCCAAGCAUGCUUUGCAUGAUCGUUUUUCUCUUGUUUCCGCUGAGGCUUUGCCGUUUGUGUUGAACUUUACUGGUUUGAGUUAA